AUGAGUGUCACCUUCAGCAAGAUAGCCAUCUGUCUUGUCUACAUGAGGGUUCUUUCCGGGAAGGGGAGUCAAUGGCGGUUUUUGUUGGGGGGGUUGGUGCUCGUUAUGGCCGUGGUGAAUUUUGCUUUCGCGUUGACGGUGAACUUGCAGUGUAGACCGCUCGAAAAGAUCUGGAGGGGGGGGGAGGUGGAGGGGAGUUGCUGGGACGUCGGUGUGCAGAGGGAUUUUGGGUUUUUCCAGGGGGCGUUUGGGGUUUUUACUUGGUUUUUCUUGGGGGGGUUCUCGGUUGUGAUUUUUGGCAUGGGUUUGGGGGAUGGGAACAAGGGGUGGGAGUAUUGGGGGGCGUUUGGGGUUUGUUCUGCGUGGGUUUUCAUCUUUCGAGUUUGUGAGAAGAGGAGGAGGGUUGCUAACAUGUGA